UCCUCCGCCUCGCCUUUACGGCUCUUUUUUUCCGCCUCGCCUUACGCCUCUUUUUUCCGCCUCGCCUUACGCCUCUUUUUCCCGACUCGCCUUACGCCUCCUGUUUCGCGUCGCCACCACCCGCUACCUCGCUCCCCGCCUCGCUUUCCUCUGCUGCGAAUUACGUUACUCCUUCGACAGUCUUAUCGCCGCCGCACGUCGCCGACCUUUCGCCAAGCGAGUAUCCGUCUCGCGACCAGUAUCCGUCCGUAGCCUCUUUCCCGCCCUAGAAAAUGAGGGCUCACAAGGGAGCGAUCUCGGCGGUAUCGCGUUUCGCGUCCUCUCUGGCACGGUUCGCCGCUCAACCCUCCGCCAACGCUGCUGCGACCUCCGCUUGCGCGCGGCAUUGCGCCCAGAGCGCCGCCUCCCCCGCCCCCGCUUCCGCCUCCCGCCUGUCGUUCGAGCGCGGAGUGCGCACCCGCCCAAAACUGCCCGUCGUGCUGACCGCGGAGGUGGAAGGCCUGGGAUUCGCAGGAGACGUGGUGAAGGUGCCAGCUGGCUUCGCGCGCAACAAGCUGAUCCCCCAGAAGGUCGCCCUCCCCGCCAUCCCCAAGUUCCUGCGCCAAGUGCGCCUCGCCAAGGAGCAGGGGGGGGCGCAGGGGGCGGGGGGGGCGCAGGGGGGAGCGCUGGGGGGAGCACAGGGGGGAGCACAGGGGGGAGGCGCACAGGAGAUUGCGCCCAGAGCAGCAGCGGCUGCGGCAGAGGGGGGUGCGAGUGUGGUCAUGGGAGGGGAUGCGGGGAGAGGGGAGGAGGAGGAGGGAGCGGUGGUGACGAUGGAAGAGAGGGUGAAUGAGGCCCAGGAGAUCGCACGACGACUGGACAGCCAAAGACUGUCUAUCCGGGCCGUCACGCCAAAGAGGGCCAACGAGCUGCACCAACCAAUCACGCAGCGCCACAUCAUCAGCGAGGUCCGCCGCCAGUUUGGCAUCCAGUUAUCCGAGGCCAACGUGCCUCUGCCGGUGCCUCUUUCCUCCAUUGGCGAUUUCGAAGUGCCGCUCAGAUUCCCUCCGUCUGUUGCACUGCCGGGGGAGCGGGAGCAGAUUCAGCUGGCCGUGCACGUCAGGAGAAAGUGAUUCACAGCAGCAGUGGCAGGUUGAGGCACCUAGGGAAUAGAUAUUCGCCUUUGCUGCCUGCGUGGUGGGACCAGCUUCAGCUGACAGUGCAUGUUAGGAGAGAGUGACUUGAGUGUACUUCUCUAUCAUCUUUCAAAGACCUUGCGUCCCAGUUAGUGCCGCACCACACUGCAACGCAUUACACUUACCGGUACACCUCUAGGUCCCACAUUUGCACUGUGCAGUGCUGCUCAAUUGAGACACCAGGUUUUUGAUAUGUGAGGAUAUGCGGGGGAGCGGAUUCAGCUGGAAGUGCAUGUAGGAGAAAGUGACUGGCAAGUUGCUAACCA